AUGGAGAAAUACACCGACUCCAGCUCGUCACAAGACGACUCCGAAAACGCCGCCUUCAUCAAGACACAAUACCAAGGAGAUGAUAGGCAACGGCGGAGGAAUUACAUCUAUGUCACGCUUUUCAACCUUUUCCUUUUCACACUGUCAAUGCUCUCGUUGACGUGUUCGGUCAUGUCGCAAAAGGACUUUUCAGGCCACUCGGCAGCGAAGCUAAUGGACCAAUUCGACGUUUUUUCGCCUGCGAUGCAUGUUGUCGAGUACAGUCAAACAAAGUUUGAAUUGGCAAACCCAUUGAACUCCUCCAAGUACGUUGGCAUUACCGACGAUGUAGAGAAUGCAUGGAUGGACGUCGCAUACCUACCCGAUCAAAUGGUCUCUAUGGAAGACUUUCCCAAGCUGCAAAAGCCUGCCGAUGCCCUCCAAGUCGUAAACCCGAAGACAGGCGAGACAGGAUACCGAGUCGGUCUAGAAGUGUUCCACCAACUUCACUGCCUCAACCUCCUCCGCAUGUCAACGUACCCAGACUACUACCCCAAGCUCUGGUGGAGCGACACGAACGACAAGCCUGAAAAGGUCAGGGCGCAUCUCGACCACUGUAUUGAGAUUCUUCGUAUGAACCUUAUGUGUCUCUCCGAUGUCAACGUCUUCACCUUCCACCCGCAAGAGGGCAAGAAGGGGUAUUGGCCUGACUACGAGAGUAAACAUGUGUGCAGGAACUUUGAGAAGAUCAAGGACUGGGCUAACGACAAUGCGAUGCCGGAUCUUGAUGUAUGA